AUGAAGACGCUGAUCUAUCUAUUGCUUGCUUUUGUGACCGUAAAUGAAUGCGCUUUGAAUGUUUUGGUGUACAAUAUUGUCUUCUCUCAUUCGCACAGCCGACAAACAGGACUAAUAGCUGAUAUUUUGGCACAAGCCGGGCACAAUGUGACUGAAUUAGUCCCAUUGGCGAAUAAAGCCGAAUACAAACGAAAAUCGAAAUAUGUGAAAGAGAUCGUGAUCGAGCAGAAUAAAGAAUUGGGUGGAUUGAUGGAUGGGGGAUCAAUGGAUGAAUUGAAUAAAGCUUUAUGGGUAAAUGAUCCGAGUCCAAUGGCUGCUAUGGAGUUAUUCAAAAACUUGACUCUAAUGUUAUCUCUUCAAUGUGAGACAUCAAUGCAAAGUGAGAUAAUCGAGCAGUUGAAAGGGCAAAAGUUUGACUUGGCCGUUUGCGAAGUGUUCGACUUUUGUGGAUAUGGCCUAGCUGAGAUGAUUGGAGUGAAAACAGUGAUUGCUUAUUCGACCUCGAUUCUCCUCGAUCAUCAAGCACUUCUUCUCGGGAUUCCAAGAGUGCCCAGCUAUGUGCCUGCCUCGAUGGGUAAUACGAAUGAAAAGAUGAGCGUUUUGCAAAGAGCUUCAAACGCUUUCUCGGCUUUUCUUGGUGGAAAUCUUUUCCUGGGGAUUGCUGAUGCUCAAACGGAACUCUUCAGGAAACACAUUGAUCCGAAAUUCACGGAUCUUCAGGAACUCGUCUCUCGAUCAGCUCUCCUUGUCACGAAUGCUAUUCCCCUUCUCGAUUUCCCUCAUCCAACUCUCCAUAAAGUGAUCUCUGCCGGUGGAAUGGGACAAGCUGUGCCAAAACCAUUGAAUGAGGAAUGGGUGAAGACUGUUUCCACCAAGCCCAAAACGGUGUUGAUCUCGUUUGGGUCGAUUGCGAAAUCUUCCUUCAUGAGUCCCGCACAGAAAGCCUCAAUAAAGCAAAUGGCAAAAGAUAUGCCAGAUGUACAAUUUAUUUGGAAAUACGAGGAGGAUGAUUUGAAAGAUUUGCCCGCAAAUUUGCUUCUUUCAAAAUGGACUCCACAAAGUGAUCUUCUUGCUUCUGGAAAGAUUGACUUGUUUGUGACACACGGUGGCUUGGGGAGCACAACGGAAUUGGCUUACAGUGGUAUCCCAGCUAUCGUCAUUCCAAUCAUGGGCGAUCAACCGAGAAACGCGCGAAUGUUGGAGAGACACGGAUCAGCGCAAUACUUUAGCAAAUUCGAUCUCGGAUCCACGGGAAAGCUGACAGCGCUUGUAACAAAAAUGCUGAAUGAUCAAAGUUAUAAAGAGAGCGCGGUCAAGUUGGCCACAAUCCUCAACAAUGCACCUUUCAAGCCACAAGAAGUGCUCUUAAAGAACAUCGAAUUUGUGGGAAAAUUCGGUGCACUUCCACAAUUGGAUCCGUACGGCAGACAGCUUUCAUUUGCUCAAUAUUUCCUCGUCGAUAUCAUCAUUUACUCUAUUUUACUCGUCGCAUUUGUGAUUUUCGCCGUUUUCUGGGCGAUUCGGAGAUGCUUCAGAAAAGUUUUCCAAUCGGGAAAAUCAAAAUCUGAC